AUGCCGCGGGGCCCGACACCAUCGCAACUUUGCCUGUUGUCGGCGCUGGCGAAGCAGUCGGUCGGCGAUAAAACUCGCAGUGUCACCGCAUAUUCCACCGCGUCGGCCAUGCUCACUUUGGGCCAUCGGUAUCCGGCCGGCUCCAACGCGCUCGUGUCGGUCAACAUCGAGUUGGUGCUUCAGACGCUCCAAUCCGGCCUGACACGUGUAGGAGAGUGGGUGAAUGUCAUAGGGUACGUGACGGCGAAACCAAAGGCCAACGGAUCGGCCGAUGGGCCGGUUGCAUGCGUCCAGGCCCUGCUCGUCUGGUCCACUGGCCCGUUGGAUCUUCAGCGAUACGAGGGGACGUUUGACCAGGGAGCGGCGCCUCCAACCUAG